AUGGAUGACUGUCGAGGAUCUUCCGAGGUGGACAUUGUUUAUCAGGACGAUAUAGAUGAUAUGCAGGAGUUGCCUUUUCGGCCUUUGACCAAUCCUGCCCCGGACGCCACGAAAGAUUCAACAAGAAACGCCACGUCCAAGGCUGUAAUCACACCGCAGCCUGGGUCCAGUCAAUCUCUGUCGCCGCUUAGACUAGAGGGAAGCCCCCAAGACCAACCUUCAAGCCCUCAACAAGGACUUUCGCACGAAUUGGGAGCGAUUCAAGGUUUUGGCGCAUUUCAAAUGGACUCUAUGGGCGCUUCCGAGGACGAUCCAGCAGCGAUACCUUUGCAUACGACUUGGAUCAAGAAUAGUGCUACUCAGCCGAUGACGCAGUUUCGGCCAAUGCCAUCUCCACACUUCAAGCAGGAAGAAUACCUAGCAGGGAUGCAGCACCAAUCGCGGGAGCCAUCCCCUACUCAAGGUCAAUCAAGUGGUACUCAGUUCCCGCUGUCGCGGUCCAAAGAUUUGACAGUAUUUCCGUUUGGCAGUUCAUUUACGGACCAUAUUCAAGACGAGUCGUCCUUUGGAGAGCAUCCCUCCUCAGCCCACUACAUGGAGACUGUCUUUGGCUCCGAAAUGGCGGCAUCUGCGUCUUCGAGCUUUCAACCCGACCACGGCAUCUCGUUCUCAGGGGGCCCUGUAUAUGGUCAGUUCGGCCGAGGCUAUAGUCUGUAUGAGGGCUCGGCACCCAACGCCCAUUUGUCCUUUUCCAGUCCUUCGGCGGUCAUUGGCCAGUCUCCUUUGCCCAACCUGACCGCAAUCACUGGGUUACCUACCAGUACCGCACAGAUCGAGCGUGCCAGUUCUUCUGUGCAGACCUUCAGGCGGCAUGAUCUCCACCUGCAUGACCCGGACCCCAAGUACUGCGAUAAUUGUCAUACUACGACUACGCCCAGCUGGCGACGGUGUCCACAAGGUCGUAUUCUGCUAUGCAACGCCUGUGGGUUGUAUCAAAAGCUCCACGGUCGAUCAAGGCCCUUUUUCAAGACAAAGGAUGGGACGGUCAAGAUUCAUCGCACUGUGCAGGAACACGCGCCAUGUGCUCGAUGCGGCACUCGCACGACGUCUAUCUGGAGGAAAAGCAAUAAUAACGAGAUCAUCUGUAAUACCUGCUGCAUUGCCAUUAAGCAGCAACGGACAGUCGCAAGAGAAGCAGGGCCUUCGAACGUAGGGUCUAUCUUGACAGCAGCUCCGGGUCUAGCGGACAUAGGGCCUAAUGAGACACAGGAAUCGGUGUCCAAGCCAAAUAGGACGGGAAGCGGCCCAGCAAGUCCUUCCUCUGUCCGUGCAACAGGUCGUCCUCCAAGAUCUCGUAGCGGGAAGGGUAGAAACAGCAGCGGCUCUGGUCACUCUUUUUUGGCCGCCAUAAGUGCGCGGUCUCGAAGUCUAUCAUACGCAUCUGGAUCCGGAGAUAUGAUGCUUUCCACAGGCGCUUCGGUGCCUUACGAUUUCGGAACCGGUCAUCCGAUAUCGUAUAUGCUUCCGUUGGGCCAUGGUCAGUCCACCGGUCCUGGGUCCUCUUCCUCUUCUUCACUAGACUUGGGGAUCGAUUGGGCUUACCCUAACGCGACCAAUUCGGCCACCAACGCGACCAAUUCGGCCACCAACGCGUUACAUCCGCCGGUUCCGCUGGAUUUCAGGCACUAUCCGAUCCCGGAGCACACGACAGCGCAGCUUUCGCAGCAGCAGCAGCCCCAUAAUUGGACGCAUGAGGUGAAUGCAUCAGUUCCGCUACCACCAUCGCCACCACCACCGUCAAUAGCCCAUCAUUUCCAAACCUCUCAGCCGCUGCAUCCGCAGCACCAGUGUCCCACCACAGGCUCGCAUCUACAGCCAGUUCCGAUACCGAUAGACCUAGCCUCGCUCCAGUACGCGCAGCAGCAGCAGCAGCAGCAGCAGCAGCCGCUGCCCUUGUCUGUGCCUUUGCCUCUGCUCUCGCACCGGUCCUUUUCUCAUCAGGGCUACCAGCAUCGGACCCAACACCAGCAGUACUACCGAGCAUGGCAACCAUAUCAGCAGUACCGUCAUGGCCACGCGGGAUCCUAUACACAUCUACAGCAAAGCAAAGGGGAGGGAAAGGAGCAUGGGCAUAUACAGCAAGGGCAGGGCUACAGUCCGUACCAAGAGUUCAACGAGGACGACGGCUAUCAGGCUAGAUAUCAAGGUUCGUUCAUGGCUUCAGAACCAUCACCGCCACCACCACCACCACCACCACCUCCUCCUCCGAUGGUUUCACAACCAUGCGAUGAUCAAGACCAUGAUCAAACAGGCCAGAUCUACGAAGGAGGCCACGGUUCUGUCGAGGAUGUCAAGACUGCCCGCGAUCCAGAUAUCGUCUACAAGGGUCACGGAUCACCCUUUGCGCGAUCUUCGACUCCAUCGCUACUCUCCUUCACACUCCCAUCCGAGGAUCCCACAGAAACCUUGCUGCGCGACUCGCCAUCCCAGUCGUCCUUGGAUCCUGGCGGUACCAGUAUCGGUAUCGGUAUCGGUAUCAAUAUCAUUCACCAUCAGCGACACUACCGCCCUGAAGAAGGAAACCCUACAGAGGACGAAUUCCCUGACCCUCACACGUCCUCAUCAGCCCCGGAUGCUUCGGUCAAGAGAGAAGAAGGCGAAGAGGAAGGAGCUGAGCCUAGAAAUGCGACAGGUGGGACCCUACUCUAUACGACCUUGAGCUUGCAGACGACGGCGUCAACGCACGACGAUGGUCCUUAUGGGGGUGAUGAACCUUAUCGAGAAGCGUCUACGAACGAUACGAUUGGCCAGGCCAACAUGAUAACCGUGGAGAAUCCCGACGUAGAGGCGCAAGGGGAUGAUAUCCAAGGAGGGGGACAGCAGGCGACCCAGGGUGCGGUCGACAGAGGGUCGCAGAAGCCGCUGGAGCUGAAGACUGAGCCUUCUGAUGACGCGUAUUGUUUCAACAGGAUUUCAGAUGGUGCAUCGGUGACGCAUGGGCGCGGUGGGCAUGAUACGGGAAGCACUACUGUUGAGGCGAAUCAAGGGCGGGCCCUUCGAAGGAGUGAGCGACAACGCAGGAUCCAGGUGACGAUGACCACGUCCCGAUCGAAGUGA